ACGAGCUUCCGCCGGGUUGCGUAGCAGCGGUGGGCGGGGCAAAGGAUCCGCCAGAGACGGCGACGAGUGGUCGGAGACUUCUUUCCCCUCCUUCCCCUUUCCCUUCCCUUCCCGGGAAAGGCUGGGACCCGGCAUCAGGGCAGACCUGUGGCCGCUGCGGCCUGAGCUCCAACUGGGCCAGGGUGCGGAGUGUCCAGGGCGCAGCAAUCCCCAACCUUUUUUGGAAGACAGUUUUUCCACAGAUGGUGAGCGAGAGGAUGGUUUCGGGAUGAAACUGUUCCACCUCAGAUCAUCAGGCAUCAGAUUCUCAUAGCGGAGUUCUCCUGAUUGUGACAUCACAUUGAUCCCCUGGGCGAUGGAGCUUGUUACUGGGAAGGAAGACUCAGUUGGAGAAUAGCCAACAAGAUGGGUUACUGGGAGAAUCUCUUCAGUGGCUCUGAGUGGAGGCAUCAGGGGGUUGGAGCCUUGUGAACAGGGAACCUGCCCCCAGCGCUUGGAAGCAGCAAACACUGUUGGCAGUUUUCUAUUUAUCCUUCUGGAGAGUUCCAUGCAUAUAUGGAUUCUCACUCUGUCACCCAGUCUGGAGUGCUGUGGCACAAUCUUGGCACACUGCAACCUCUACCUCCCAGGACCUGGGUUUCAGUGAUGAGACAUGGGGUAUGAUGUAACCCGUUUCCAGGGGGAUGUUGAUGAAGAUCUUAUCUGUCCUAUAUGCAGUGGAGUCUUGGAGGAGCCUGUACAGGCACCUCAUUGUGAGCAUGCUUUCUGCAACGCCUGCAUCACCCAGUGGUUUUCUCAGCAACAGACGUGUCCAGUGGACCGUAGUGUUGUGACGGUCGCCCAUCUGCGCCCAGUACCUCGGAUCAUGCGGAACAUGUUAUCAAAGCUGCAGAUUGCCUGUGACAACGCUGUGUUUGGCUGUAGUGCUGUUGUCCGUCUUGACAACCUCAUGUCUCACCUCAGUGACUGUGAGCACAACCCGAAGCGGCCUGUGACCUGUGAACAGGGCUGUGGCCUGGAGAUGCCCAAAGAUGAGCUGCCAAACCAUAACUGCAUUAAGCACCUGCGCUCAGUGGUACAGCAGCAGCAGACACGCAUCGCAGAGCUGGAGAAGACAUCAGCUGAACACAAACACCAGCUGGCAGAGCAGAAGCGAGACAUCCAGCUGCUAAAGGCAUACAUGCGUGCAAUCCGCAGUGUCAACCCCAACCUUCAGAACCUGGAGGAGACAAUUGAAUACAACGAGAUCCUAGAGUGGGUGAACUCCCUUCAGCCAGCAAGAGUGACCCGCUGGGGAGGGAUGAUCUCGACUCCUGAUGCUGUGCUCCAGGCUGUAAUCAAGCGCUCCCUGGUGGAGAGUGGCUGUCCUGCUUCUAUUGUCAACGAGCUGAUUGAAAAUGCCCACGAGCGUAGCUGGCCCCAGGGUCUGGCCACACUAGAGACUAGACAGAUGAACCGACGCUACUAUGAGAACUACGUGGCCAAGCGCAUCCCUGGCAAGCAGGCUGUUGUCGUGAUGGCCUGUGAGAACCAGCAUAUGGGUGAUGACAUGGUGCAAGAGCCAGGCCUUGUCAUGAUAUUUGCGCAUGGCGUGGAAGAAAUAUAGAACUCGACUGGCUAUCAGGAAGAGAUGGAAAUCAGAGAAUCCCAUCACUCCAGCAGCUGGGACCUGAGUCCUCCCCUCUAUCCUUAAUACUGUGGCUUAUACCUGAGCCACACAUCUCCCUGCUCUUCUGGCACUGAAGGGCUCUGGGGUACUUUGCUCAGCCUUUCAGGUGGGAAACCCAGAUUUCCUCCCCUUGCCAUAUUCCCCUAAAAUGUCUAUAAAUUAUCAGUCUGGGUGGGAAAGCCCCCACUUCCAUCCAUUUUCCUGCUUAGGGUCCCUGGUUCCAGAUAUUUUCAGAAAGCACAAAGAGAUUCAUUUUCCCUGGAGGAUCAGGGCAGAGUGAGGAAUCUCUAAUUGUCCGUCUCCUCCAAAACCAGGGAACCAGAGCAGGCAGGCCUAUUGACUCUAAGUAGCAGACAUCCUGAAGAAAUGGUAAGGGUGGAGCCAAACCUCUAGAAAUAUGUAAUGAGGCCAGUAAUUGGCCAUCACUGAUGACCCUUAGGGAAAGACUGGACCUCUGUGCCAAGCAGUAUCCUUGUUCAGCCCACCUUAAAGGUGCCGGCUCCCAUUGGGUCUACCAGUAUGCAGGCUGGGAUACUGAACAUUUCUAGAUGAGCUCUUCUUUCCUACAAGUUUUCAUAAUUAGAGAAUGCCAGGGUUUAGGGUAGGGGUUAGUCUGUUGGGGUUGACGUGUGCAGCAAGAAGCUAUGUCUAGCUUUUGCUAAAAUGUGGUCGGCACUGCCUCUUGUGGCAUGAGCCGUAAUUGUUCAUAGACCCCUCUCUAGCCCUGUGACUAGAGUUAGUUAUUUUGAUAAUUUCCUUUUGCCAUUGUUUAUAUUUCAUAAACCCUAUCUACUGCCCACUUUCUUUUUUUAAGCAUGGCCUAAUCAUGGCAAUCCCAGCCACAUUGUUGGCAAUUUAAUUUAUUUACUUCCUUUUUUUGUUUUUUAAGAAAGGAAAAAAGAAAAAAAAAAUCAAACUUAAAGCUUUUCUUUUGAUGUUCCUAUUGGGAUUCUGGAUGGGGUGGGACAGGGAUGGGGGUGUGUUUUAUAUUUUUCCUUUUCAGCACAACCUUUGGCUUUAAUAUAGGAAGAGCCAAGGAAGUCCUCGGCUGAACUUACAAUAUCUGCCCCAAACCUCUGUAUCUGCAAUUGAAAUGAGGAGCUUCCUCUAUUCCUAUGAAAGAUAUGACAGUCCAGCAUCUAUGCCUGUGCCCUCUGGAAAAAUUUCCUCCUAGCCCUUCUAGGACCUCAUCAUAAAACUCUGGGUUUAGAGUAUUCAUUUUGAAGGCAACACCCGCUUCCCUAAGUUUCCUUGGGGCUGUAUAGCUGGGUUCUAAGCUUCACCGUGCAAAUCAGAUAGAAAUUUUAUCUUUGUCUCUAAGUACAGGCUGUGCUGUGCCUCACCCACACCCCCUUGGGGACUUCAGUUCCAUUUCAGAUUACCUAGGACAUACCUUGAUUCCUAGAGUGACUGGCAGAGUAAGAGAAGGGGAGGGAUAGUAGGUGUGAUUAUUUUAAUAUGUGGGUGGGAAUGUGGUUGGAGAUAGAAAGCCUCCUCCCUACCAUGUAACGGCUUCUUCUCAGAGUUUUAUUCCAGGCUAGCUUGCUGCAGGUCUGGGUAGUUGGAUCAUGACUCCACCGGGACUGGGGUAGAGGGAUACAGCUUGAGGGGAGUAGGGUUCCAGCUCCGGGACAUUGUGCUCAGGAAUUUGAAAACGCUGCUAUACUUAUUCUGGUUACUACAUUUCUUCCAGUCCCCUUUCCCCUACCUGCCUUACCAAGGCUCAUGCUUUCCAGUCCUUACCCUCUGAUGGAGCCAGGAAGCUCAGUGAAAGGCUUCCCUACCCUUUGCACUAGUGUCUCUGCAGGUUGCUGGUUGUGUUGUAUGUACUGUUCCAUGGUGUUGACUGCACUAAUAAUAAACCUUUUACUCAACUCUCUAAA